AUGUCAUCGUCGAGAUCGUCGUCGCAACCCGCCGGGAAACGCAAGCGCAACUCUGUCGCAUCCACCUCAAACACUGGUGUAGCAGCAUCGUCAACAUCGGCAGCAGCAAACGACCCAAUCGACGUCGACGUUGACAUGGAUCAGGAUCAGACCCCACAGGCCGAGUCUCGAGACGCGUCGGCCGAGGAGGGCGACACCACAGCUCCCGAGUCCGUACGUCCCGCCGGCCACAAGAAGUCAGACGCGUCUACGAACGGCCACCCGCCUAGCAAGCGCCAACGCGCCAACUCGAACCAGACGCCCACCUCGACGGCCACCGCGGACCAAACCCAAGCCCUUGAUCCUGGCGAGCCUAGCGAUACCACCGAAGCUAGCGUCGACAUAGCCGAGCGAGUCGGGCGCAAAGGACAUCGUAAGGCGGUGGCGGCGAGAGACAGUGGUUCCACGGCUGCCUCGGCGGGCAAGCCCGACUCAAUGGCCCCGCCUCCCAUCGGAAGGCUCACCCACCCCGUCGGAUACCAAACAAACGACCCUCCUGCCGGCCGAGCCGUGAGGGUUUACGCCGAUGGCGUGUUCGACUUAUUCCACCUUGGCCACAUGCGCCAGCUCGAGCAAGCCAAGAAGGCAUUCCCCGAUGUCCAUCUCAUAGUCGGUGUCACCGGAGACGAGGAGACGCACAAGCGCAAGGGCCUCACCGUCCUCUCGGGCAAGGAGCGGGCCGAGACUGUCCGCCACUGCAAAUGGGUUGACGAGGUCAUUGAAGACUGCCCCUGGAUCGUGACGCCGGAGUUUCUCGAACAGCACCAAAUCGAUUACGUGGCCCACGAUGACAUCCCAUACGGCGCCGACGAGGGCGACGACAUCUACGCCCCGAUAAAGGCCGAAGGGAAGUUCCUGGUAACCCAGCGGACAGAAGGCGUAAGCACGACUGGCAUCAUCACCAAGAUCGUGCGAGACUACGAGAAGUACAUCGCGCGCCAGUUCAAGCGCGGUACGUCACGGCAGGAGCUCAACGUCAGCUGGCUAAAGAAGAACGAGCUUGACCUGAAGCGACACGUCCAAGACCUCCGUGACAAUAUCCGGAGCAACUGGACGACGACGGGACAGGAACUCAGCCGCGAGCUGCGCCAGUUUUGGCCUACAAGCCGGCCGCAGAGCCCCGCGCGGUCUGCGUUCCUGUCUCCGAGCGGCGAGUACCCGCCCUCGGGCAGUCCGUUUGGGCCCGCCGGUUCUUCAAUCAACAGCGGCGGCAACAACGUGCCAAGGAGUCCGACAACGCAGGCGGAGCGAAUCGCCAGCAAUGGAAACGAUUUCAUUACCGGCUAUACCUUGGGGCUUAUCGGAGGCGUGCGGUCGUGGAUGACCAAGACCCGCAGAGCAACCCAGGAAGACAGCAGCCGGCCCGUCAGCGACGACGACUCGGAAGGCGACGACAAGGCCAGCAGCGAGGAGCCGCGCCGGCGAUCCGCCCCUGCUGGGGCCAACCUGUGA